GCUGCCUGUGUAAAGGAGGGAACUGCCCGGCACAGCCUGCCGCCCUUUCGGCCCGGCCGGUUUUCUUCCCCUGUGGCUGUGUUAACACAGCUUGAACGGAGCCCGAAAAGCCUUGGUUUCUCCAGCCAAGGCGCUGGAAAUCUGCUCCAACAAACCGGGGGUUGCGUCUUUUUGUCAGCUCCGGUCGGGAUUUUUCUGGUUUGGGAGAGUGGAUUUUAAUCGAUGAGGUGUUAAUUCAAACAGUGAGGACAAAGGAGCAGUGAAGAAUUUUUUUUUUUUUAAAAGAACAGAACUGUAAACAGCUGAAUCCUCAAAAGGUAUAAAGUAUUAUUUCUCUGCUCUGCAAGUCCCACAUGCACUGUAUGUUCAUGAAUGCAUGUCCCUCUUCAGUAUAGCUCUGGCAGAUUGCCAUACUUAAUGCAGAGUAAAAACUCCAAGACUUCAUUAACUUACGCUGUUGAAAAAGCACAAAUGACAUGGCAAAAUAAAAUACAACUUCCAAGUAGAAAAAGGAGAAGACAUGAAAGCAAACAAGCUUUAUUAGAAGGAAGGCAGUAGCCAACUGAAGCAGCUGGAAUCACACUGAAGUCACUCUGAACUCUGCAGAUCACUUCAUUCUUCCUUCUGCUACAGAGCUCACAUCCCUGAUUUACAGUGUGUUUCGUUCCAAAGAACUAAACAAGAAAGCAACUGUGCAACAUGACAUUUGAAGAUUUUGAGAACUACUCUUAUUUCUACGACCUGUCUGAGGAAGAUGAAUCACCCCAGUCCUCCCUCAGCAUUGCCCAUAUGAUUUCCCUUUCCUUUUACAGUGUGGCAUUUCUGCUGGGAGUGCCAGGUAAUGCCAUCGUCAUCUGGUUUAUGGGCUUUAAGUGGGAUAAAUCUGUUUCUACACUCUGGUUCCUCAAUCUGGCCAUUGCAGAUUUCAUUUUUGUUCUCUUCGUGCCCCUCUAUAUUACAUACGUGGCAAUGGGCUUCCACUGGCCUUUUGGGAAGUGGCUCUGCAAAAUGAACUCGUUCAUUGCACUACUUAAUAUGUUUGCCAGUGUUUUCUUCCUGACAUUCAUCAGCCUUGACCGCUACAUCCGCCUAGUCCACCCAGUCUUUUCCUACAAGUAUCGGACUGUAAGGAACACCCUCAUUCUUAGUGGGAUCAUUUGGAUGUCAGCUGCAAUUAUUGGUGGCCCGGCCUUAUACUUUAGAGACACAGCUACAGUUCUCAACAAUGUCACCAUUUGCUACAACAACUUCCAUGUGCAUGACAGAGAACUUAUUUUGCUGACACAUCACAUUCUCAUUUGGGUGAGGCUUGCAUUCGGUUACCUGUUUCCUCUAGUGACCAUGGUCAUUUGCUACUCAUUGCUGAUUGUCAAAGUGAAGAGGAGAACUGUAUUGACUUCCAGCAGGCUUUUCUGGACCAUCAUUGCUGUAGUUGUAGCUUUUUUUGUUUGCUGGACACCAUAUCACAUAUUCAGCAUUGUGGAGCUGUCUGCUCACCAUGAUGAAAACUUGCAUGACUUACUGCAGGAUGGCAUUCCCCUCUCCACUGGUCUUGGUUUCAUCAACAGUUGCCUCAAUCCAAUUCUCUACGUUCUGAUUAGCAAGAAGUUCCAGGCCCAGGUCGAGACAACAGUCUCUGAGGUGCUGAAAUUGGCACUGUGGGAGGUGAGCCGCUCAGGAACUGUCAGCGAGCAGCUGUGGAGCUCGGAGAACACCCAUGUGCCUGUGCACUAUUGUGAAACUGCUCAGUGACUGCUCUUGUCACCAUCCCUCUCUGAAACAGCUGACAGGAGAUUUGGAGGUGUUCUUGACUUCACAUCUGCCAGUCAGAUGUGCAUCUUUGCAUA